AAACAAUCAAAAACAAAAGACGCAGUCAUUCAUAUAACUGGUAACAAAAAUAUUUUUAAUCAAACUGUAUAAAUCAUAAUACAAAUAAUAUAAGAGAUAAUAAGAGAUUAGUUACUAACUAUACCUUUAUUAAAUUAUUGAAUAAAUAUGAUAUUAUCACAAAUACAAAAGUAUUGGAAUACAAUAUUUAUAUUAUUCAAUAUACUACUUAUUAUAUUUGAUUUAGCUUUAUUAAUAUUACCAUUCAGAAUAUUAAAUAUCUUAUCAAAUUAUAAUAUUAUUUUAGAUUUUUUUAAACCAAUUAUAUAUCCAGUGAUUAUUUGUAGUGGAUUUCUUGGUUUAUUAAGUAUAUUCAUUGGAUUUAUUGGGAUAUGGAAAAAGAAAAAUAUCUUUAUCUCCAUGCAUAUUAUUGGAUUGAUUAUUGCAACAAUUAUUGAAAUUUCUAUAACAAUUAGUUCAAGUGUAUCAAAUAAUCAAUAUUUUAAACCAGCAAAUCAAUCAUUAUGGAAUUCAUUACAAUAUUAUCAAAAACAUCCAAUUUAUGAAAAUCAAUUUGAUAAUUUACAAAAAGAUUUUGAAUGUUGCGGUGUUAGAUCAUCAAAAGAUUAUGCUAAACUUGUAAAUUAUUUACCAUUUACUUGUGAAAAAGGAAAUGUACUUUAUAUAAAAUGCUAACUUGGAAUCCUGAAGGGAAACGAAAAAGAAGAAAGCCGAAGAACACAUUACGUGGGGAAAUAGAAGCAGAUAUGGAAAGAAUGAAUAACAACUGGAAAUAGCUGGAAAAGAUCGCUCAGGACAAGGUUGGAUAGCUAGUGAUGUUUAACGACCUCUACUCCUCUACGAGGAGUAACAGGCGGUUGUGCUGAAGCAUUAUAUGAAUAUAUAGAACAAUCUAUUACAUUAAUAAUAUAUAUAUGUAUUGCAUUCGCUAUUAUUAAAACAAUCUAUUUGGCUAUUUCAAUUCUUGUUUAUCGUAAAUCUAAUAAGAAUAAUUUAUCUAUAUAAAUAAUAAAUAACAAUAUUGAUGAAUGUAAUUGAAUCAGUUAGAUAUGUACUUCAUAUUAUUGAUUUUUUUUAUAAACAAAAAGGGGGGGAACAUAAUAAAAUUGACCAAGAUGCUAUUUCAUGUCAUUUCAUUGUUGUUCUUAAAUGUUAACUUACAUCUUUAUUCCUAUGUGUUAACUGACUGUUAAUUGUUGUUGCCAAGUCACUUAUACUACUCAUAACAGUAAUAUAAAUUAUAUAUAUGACUUCUUGAUUGUUACUUUUUUUGUUUUAAUUUAUUUCUAAACAAAAAAUAAAAAUUUUCUUUUGAUUAAGUGUUUAGAAAGUUUAAUAUGUCAGAUUACUUUAUAUACUUAAAUAUAAUGCUUAAUUAGUUACGCCUGUUACUCCUCGUGAAGGAGUACAGGCUGCUCGUC